GCGGAAUGACAUGCAGCCAUAUUUGACUGUAUUCAAGCCCUUCCCCCCUUCAGCAUCUUCAGCAGGACAGUGAAGAAAGCUGGAGCGGGACAACGGAUGCCAAUCGAAGGGAGACUUUGCUGAAGAUGGCCUCGCCAAGAACAGUAACCAUUGUCGCCCUUUCCUUUGCACUGGGUCUCUUUUUCGUGUUCAUGGGUACAAUUAAACUCACACCAAGAUUAAGCAAAGAUGCAUAUAGUGAAAUGAAAAGAGCAUACAAGAGUUAUGCCAAGGCCCUUCCAGCGUUGAAAAAAAUGGGCAUUUCUUCUGUGCUUCUACGCAAGAUUAUUGGUACUCUUGAGGUGGGAUGUGGGAUUGUUCUGACCCUUGUGCCAGGGAGACCAAAAGACGUGGCCAACUUUAUUCUGCUACUGGUCAUGCUAGCGGUCCUCUUCUUCCACCAGCUGGUUGGAGAUCCUCUAAAACGCUAUGCUCAUGCCUUGGUAUUUGGUAUUUUGCUGACGUGUCGGCUGCUCAUUGCCCGACAGGGUGAGGAUCGACCUGAGAGGGAGGAGAGACGAGAAGAGCAGAUCAAUGCCCAGGAAAAGAACAAAGUCAAAGUUUCUUAGCUCCGCAAUUUCACAAGAGUGCCGGGCAGCAGAGAAGAUGUUCGGAAAAAAGACAGUAGUCCCAAAAGGUGAUUUAUGUCCCACAGUUACAUAUCAGCAACCUGAAAAUCAGUUCUUAUGUUACCUUUACCUCAUGCCUCACCUGUAAAACGUCUUAUUUGAAUCUAAUCUAAAUCUUCACCUCGGACAAUCACCAUUGUGGCAACUGUUUUGGCUGUGGUUUUGCAGCAAAAGAUUAAACUGUUGUUCCCUGCUGAGUGUAUUUAUUAAUAUUCUUUUUUUUUUUUUUUUGUCCUGCAUUGAACAAUAUCCUAAAUGCCACUUUUAAGAUUAUACUGUGAUACAAUUAACUUCAAAUGUCAGCAUUUUUUUUUGUGAUGUUUUAUUUACUUUUUGAAUUACUGUACAUACGUACUGUACAAAACCAGUUCUGUUUACAUUAAGACUUUUUUUUUAAUUAAGAAAUGCUGUACAUCAUUUGUUAGAAGGUUACACUUUGCCCAAGAAGUCAGAUGGUAGACCUUUUCUGUAGCUUCAAAAUCUUCAAAAAUGAAAAUAUAAAACCAGUUUGUUUAACAUGCAAGUUCUGCAUAUUAUUUGUCUUACUGUAGCUGUUUUUGUUUAUUUUACUUGUAAAGAUUUUUCAGAAGUUUUGUCUCUUUGUUUCUUUUAUCAGUUUUGAUUUUCUAGUUUGACUCUUACAAUACAAAGUCCAAUAAAAGUCUUAUCCUUGGAA